AUGCGCCGUCGGCGCACGCCAGGCGUCAAGUUUCCAAGUCGUUUCGGUCAAAUCAAGCGCCGUGCCACCGGUCGGAAGUCUUCUCGCGAUACAGUUGAUCCCACACUAGCGGCGGCACCGGCGACCGCCACUGCCGUGCUUGGUAAUGGUAGUAGUCCUGCUGUCUCCCUCCCGCCCGUUCGAGACCCCGCUCUGGGUGACCACGAAGAGUCAAUGGCUGUCGCAUCUCGUCUCAUCUCCUCGUCUGCGCCUGCGCCCACCUCCCGCUGGAGCAUCACUCACCCCAGUGACUUUGCUGUAAGAAGGCGGGUUUUUAGAAUUUGUGGAGAAUCAUGCUACAGUGGCAUGGAUGAAAAAUAG